GCCUGCCAUAAUGUCUCUUGGCUUUGGUGUGUCCUGGUCAAGAGAGGAAGUUGUCAAGACCUUGCAACUCUCCUACUCUCUCGUGUGCGAGAUCUGUGCAUGGGUGCCUGUGAGCAUGUGUCCAUGUGAUUAUGUUAUUGAGCAUGGCUCCAUAAGAGAGAGUGUAUUGGUUGGUGUAGGGUGUGUGUGUGCGUUCAUCAUUUUUAUCCUUUCAUAACUGUACCUUGAUUACUCAGUGGAAGCUGUCUAGGCAUAUGCAUAACAAGAUGUGCUUCAGCCCUCUGAUACCAAUUGAAAUAUACCUGUUGAAAUCAGUGGGCUGGAUGUAACAUAGCUGUUAUCCUCUCACACAGAGCUCCCAAUCUUCAGCAGUCUCAGAAGUAGAAGUUAAUUCAUGAGACAGAAAUCUCUUUGAACAUUGAUAGCUGUUAAUUACAAUUACUUUUGAAUGCUUACUCUGCAUCUAGGAAAUUCUCAAGAUGUUUUGCUGCCUGAGAAAAGGAUAAGAUCACAUCUGUAGACCCUUAGUACCAUGGAGAGAAGUUGACUGGCUUGAUAGUAAGACAAGAUGCUCCACCAUGCCUGAUAAUAAUCUGGCUGAAAGGUUGUAGAAUAGAAGCAGCUGCCACUUACACAUAACCAGAAUUUACAAUAUGAGACGGUUGUCUCAUUCUGUCUGGCCCUGUUUUCAGCCUUUCCUGGUUUUUCACUGAUUUAGUUCAGUCUUUGAACAUUCCAGAUGUGUUAGAUUGUAACAAAAUUCCCAUGUUAAUUGAAUUCAUACAAGGCAGAAUAGAAUUAUAGACUUGGAAGGACCCCGAUGGGCCAUCAGGUCUGAACCUCUGCUCAGUACAGAUUCUCCAGCAUAAGCAUCCCCAGCAGAUAGCUGUCCAGUCUGUCUUUGAAGAUGUCCAGAGAAGGAGGUCUCACCACCUCUCUAGGCAAUUGGCUCCAUUACCAAACCACUCUUACUGUCAAGAAGAUAGUGUCAUGUUCUAACAGUUCUUGGGAGGAAUUUAAUAUGACUGAUUUGCCUUAAGAUGGCAGCAUAAACUUCUGAAAGCAUGGAACUCACAUUCUACUUAGUCCAAGGCCUGUGUUCUUCCUUCAGGCCUCUUCUCAUAAGAGACACCCAAAGAUAGGCCAGGCUUCCACCACACCAUAGAUGUUUUAUGGACAAUUAAGCUCUUACUUCCAGAAUAGAGCGUUGAUAUUCCCUGAGAACUCUUCCAGGUCAUGUUGUUUCUGACAUCUUGUCUCAAAUUACCUUCUUCCUAUUUCCUGCUACCUGCCACCCCAUUGCUUGCUGCUUCCACCUGUUUUGUCAUUCACUUUUCUUUUUUUUUAACCUAUAGGGCCUUAUUCAAAUCUUCUGCUGAUCUCUGAUAUAAUGCUACAAGACAUUUUGCUUGCACUUACAAAGAUCCAUAUUGCUUCCUGUCUGAACACAUCCCACUUCACCUGUCCCAUAUCAUGUGCCGUGAUCAUGCCCUAACCCUUUGCUUGGACUCAUUAUUUCCUAUUUCUCCACAUCAUUCUGUCAGGCUUGCUGACCCCAUUGUUAGAAUAAAAAUAUUCAAAAAAGAAUGUAUGCCUUUGUGACUUCAAGUCUGAAUGAUUUCUCAUGGUAUAGUCUGAGAAAGUAUAUUCCCAUGUGACUGAACACUAGUAUAUGGGUGCCUGUGAGGAUGUGGAUACUUAACAAGAGCAUAUGAUGGACUAAUAGGUGUGCAUGAGGAUGAGAGUGAGUUAAUGGUUGAAUGGUUGUGUAUGGAAUGUGUUUAUGUGACAGCACAAACAGACUUUGAGUGUAACUUUAUAAGUGUGUUAGGAAAUGCUGUGAAUGUGGUUGAGAAUGUCCAUUGUCUGUUCUAGCACCUGCACUGUCUCGUGUUUGUAUGCUGAUGAUUGUGAAUGUGGAUAUGAAUGAAAUGUGCUGGGAUUGUGUGCCUGCUCUGGAUAGUUUUUAUCCACAUUUUUCAAUAGGAUAUAAAAUUCUCCAGAGCAUGGACACAGCAUUUUCUCUAUCUGUCCAGUAUAGGCUGUUUUUGGGAGGGUGCAGGAAGAGAACAUCAAAUGAAAUGCAGAGUUAACUAGUUCAAGCUAAAGUAUCUUUCAAGAGAAUUUUUGUUAGGGAUUAAAAUCACAUGGGGAGAAAACCUCUGGACGUAGAAACUGAACACCACAAUGCAUAUGCAAAAUGACUGUGCUGUCUUUGAGAAUAUUGUAAAUCCCUCAUGAAAGAUAAAUGUAAACAGAUGUGAAGGUCAAAUUAAACAUUUAUUUGAAGAUCUUCCAGAUGAAUUCAUGCAUGUGAGAAGAUGCGUGGGUAGCCUGUUGAACACUCAACAGUCUCUAUAUAGUUAUGUUUCAAGCAGCCAAGCAAGUAGCCGCUUCCAUAUCUGAUUGUAAUGACAGCUGUGAAGUUUGUUAGAUGUGGCAAUAAUAUCUGUGCAGAGACCACCAGGUUAGUUAGAACAGAUCUCUCACCUGGUAGAUAUUUAAUACUAUAUUUAGCUUUUCAUUGCACUCUACAAAUUCAUCCUUUUGUUCUGUGAAGUGACCAUAUAUACAGUCAUUGUGUGUGGAACUUAUUACAUGAUGCUUUUUAAGUGUAGAUGAAGACCAGAGCUGGAAAAGGAUAUUUUUGGGGAUGACAGUUCCCAGAAUGUCUUUGUCAGCAUGUUGGCUGGGGGACUCUAGUAUUCUGGCAAAAAGGUAAUCUUUUCAAUCUCUGAAGAUGGCGAGGACCCAGGAAGCCAAUGAUCACAGGAGAAUGUCUAUUACAGGAAGUAAUCUGUCUACAGAAAGUCUGGUUUCAAUAUAACCUGGUGAAAAUGGCAGUAUUCUUAGAGUGCAUAGUUAUUUUAUUUUUUGUUGUUGAUGAGUCUAAAAGAAGACUAAAAAUCAUGUGGACCUACAUAUGUUAUCAGAUUGCAGUUCCUAGCGGCUCUACACAAUAGUGAGGAAUGCUGAGAGUUGUUAUUCUCUGAGGGCAACACAAUUCUCACUCUUGUCUAAUGGUAUCAAUAAGAGGUUUUACUCACUAUCAUAUAUGUUUGUUUGUUUUUUGCUAUUCAUAGCUAAUCUUUAUCUCAUCUAUUGAAAUCCUAAUCUUAGCUGGAUCAACAAAAUCUAGGAAGGUCUUAUCAAAACUGUUUGAAAAUGUGUGUGUCUUUAAUCCCAUUUCUAAUACCUCCUGUUCAUCUCAAUUGUCAAAAUGUGAGAUUUUUUUCCUGUUGUCCUCACUAACAGUUACUUUCUCAUUCAGUUUCCAAACAGGGCAGCAUGGCCCCUGCAGCUCUCUUCCCUGGAGAAGAGAAUUUGAAUAUUGACUGAUUGCAUGACUCUUUCCCUAUGUUCCUGCACUUCCAUGCCCUUUCCUUUCCUUUCCUUUCCUUUAUCCAUUCCACCUUUGUGCUGAGAUGCAAUUAACUGUGUUUUUCUUUUAUGGAAGAUUAGAUUAUAUGUGGCAGGCUGGGCUACCAUAGCCAAGUCUCUAACCAUGCCUGUUAACCUGUUGAUUCCUUUGGGGAAAAUGCAAAACUGAAAGGGUAAGAGUAAAGUGUUGGGACUGUCGGACUUCUGGAAAUGCAGUUGAGCAUGAUUAUUGACAGCAUAGUUAACAUAAAUGCCUCUACCACAGAGAUCUAGUACAAAUUCAAAAAGCAUAACACACCCAUCCCACAAAAAAAAUUAACUCCAUGUGGCUCAUGAUACAAAACAAGAAACAAAUUUUGAAUUAGGAAUCAUUUUACAUGGCAGAACACUAAUAAAAUGUGUUCUGCCAUGUAACAAGUGAAUAAUUUGUACAAGUGAACAAGUGAAUAAUUUGUAACUGUUGAAGGUAAAGAGUAAUGAAUGGAUAGGUGCAGAUAUCAUAUAAUGUUGUUGGCAUUAUAUGAUGCUUAAAUUUACAAGCCAUGCUUUUACAUCAGUUAGUAACCUAAAAUCAGACAUUGUUUAGGCUGACAGUGGUGGUCUGAUUGACUAUCCAUAAGAACUAUUGGUUCUAUAUGUGCCCUCUUUCUAUGAAAGAUACUGAAGACCAGUCUUCAUUUCUAUCAGCAUUUAUUUUCCAGGCUACAGUUUAGUUUGUUGCCUAAGACAUUGCUGUUAGUCCAGUUUCCUCAUGAUUACAAGGUAAGUGAAAUAUAGGUAUAUAAAGAUGUUGUGCAAGUUAAGGGCAUCAUAGGGAUGUCCAUAGUAAAUAGCUGCUAUAUAAUGUCAUACAAGUUGGACCUACCUUCACCAACAAGGUGUGGCAGAUGUCUAUAAUUAAGUGCAAUAGCAAGUGAAAGCACACUAAGUAUAGCAUCAUUCUUGUCGAAUUACUGAAGUAAAGCAAAGCGUUUGAAGUAGUAACUUGCACUGUAAUAAGAAUUAAUUUAAAGGCAUUGGUUUUUCUGCCCAGGUGGACAUGUACUCAAAGCAGCAUCAGUCCCCAGUACAACAUUUGUGAACAGAUGGUACAGAUCCGAGAUGAUCACAUCCGUUUUAUCUCUGAACUUGCUCGCUACAGCAACAGUGAGGUUGUGACUGGCUCCGGCUUGGACAGCCAGAAAUCAGAUGAAGAAUACAGAGAGCUUUUUGACCUGGCUUUACGAGGCCUGCAGCUUUUGUCUAAGUGGAGUGCCCAUGUUAUGGAAGUGUAUUCCUGGAAACUGGUCCAUCCUACCGAUAAGUUUUGUAACAAAGAUUGCCCAGGCACCGCCGAGGAAUAUGAGAGAGCCACACGGUAUAAUUAUACCAGUGAGGAAAAAUUUGCUUUUGUUGAGGUGAUUGCUAUGAUAAAAGGUCUCCAAGUACUUAUGGGUCGCAUGGAGAGUGUCUUCAAUCAGGCCAUCAGGAACACAAUCUAUGCUGCUCUGCAGGAUUUUGCCCAGGUGACUCUUAGAGAGCCACUGAGGCAAGCUGUGAGGAAGAAGAAGAAUGUUCUCAUCAGUGUCCUUCAGGCAAUUAGAAAGACCAUCUGCGACUGGGAGGGAGGACGCGAGCCUCCAAAUGACCCUUGCCUGAGGGGAGAAAAGGACCCCAAAGGUGGUUUUGAUAUCAAGGUCCCACGGCGAGCUGUAGGGCCUUCUAGCACACAGCUUUACAUGGUGAGAACUAUGCUGGAAUCCCUCAUUGCAGAUAAGAGUGGCUCAAAGAAGACCCUCAGGAGCAGCCUGGAUGGACCCAUAGUGCUGGCUAUUGAAGAAUUCCACAAACAGUCCUUUUUCUUUACUCAUCUUCUCAAUAUAAGUGAGGCCCUCCAGCAGUGCUGCGAUCUGUCCCAACUUUGGUUCCGAGAAUUUUUUCUGGAAUUGACCAUGGGCCGCCGAAUUCAGUUUCCUAUUGAGAUGUCUAUGCCUUGGAUUCUCACAGACCACAUCCUGGAAACCAAAGAACCUUCCAUGAUGGAGUAUGUGCUCUAUCCAUUGGACCUCUACAAUGACAGUGCAUAUUAUGCUUUGACCAAAUUUAAAAAGCAGUUUCUCUAUGAUGAAAUUGAAGCAGAAGUUAACCUGUGUUUUGAUCAGUUUGUGUAUAAACUGGCAGACCAAAUCUUUGCUUAUUAUAAAGCAAUGGCUGGGAGUGUCUUACUGGAUAAACGAUUCCGGGCUGAAUGUAAAAACUAUGGAGUAAUUAUCCCUUAUCCACCUUCCAACCGAUAUGAAACAUUACUCAAACAGAGGCAUGUCCAGCUACUAGGAAGGUCAAUCGACCUAAACAGGCUUAUCACCCAGCGGAUCUCAGCUGCAAUGUACAAAUCAUUAGACCAGGCUAUUAGUCGCUUUGAGAGUGAAGAUCUGACCUCCAUUGUGGAGCUGGAGUGGCUUUUGGAGAUAAAUCGUCUGACACAUAGACUACUGUGCAAACACAUGACCUUGGAUAGUUUUGAUGCCAUGUUUCGAGAGGCCAAUCACAAUGUUUCAGCUCCUUAUGGGCGCAUCACACUACAUGUCUUCUGGGAGCUUAAUUUUGACUUCUUACCUAAUUACUGCUACAAUGGGUCUACUAACAGAUUUGUGCGAACGGCCAUUCCAUUCACCCAAGAACCCCAGAGAGAUAAACCAGCCAACGUUCAGCCGUAUUAUCUUUAUGGAUCCAAGCCACUCAACAUUGCUUACAGCCACAUUUAUAGUUCAUAUCGGAACUUUGUGGGGCCUCCUCACUUCAAGACAAUCUGCCGCCUCCUUGGAUACCAGGGGAUUGCUGUGGUUAUGGAGGAGCUACUCAAAAUUGUCAAGAGCCUGUUGCAAGGGACCAUCCUUCAGUAUGUGAAAACCUUGAUAGAGGUGAUGCCCAAAAUCUGCCGACUGCCAAGGCAUGAGUAUGGAUCUCCAGGAAUCCUGGAGUUUUUCCAUCACCAACUGAAGGACAUAAUUGAGUAUGCAGAGUUAAAGACAGAUGUGUUCCAGAGCUUGAGGGAAGUGGGUAAUGCCAUUCUUUUUUGCCUUCUCAUAGAACAGGCCUUGUCCCAAGAAGAAGUGUGUGAUUUGCUGCAUGCUGCUCCUUUCCAAAAUAUUUUGCCCAGGGUCUACAUCAAAGAAGGAGAACGCUUGGAGGUACGCAUGAAGCGUCUCGAAGCCAAAUAUGCCCCACUUCACCUGGUUCCCUUAAUAGAGAGGCUGGGAACACCUCAGCAAAUAGCCAUAGCUCGUGAAGGAGACUUACUGACCAAGGAAAGGUUAUGCUGUGGCCUGUCCAUGUUUGAGGUUAUCCUGACCCGCAUUCGGAGCUACCUUCAGGACCCCAUCUGGCGUGGACCUCCCCCAACCAAUGGUGUCAUGCAUGUUGAUGAAUGUGUGGAGUUUCACCGACUCUGGAGUGCCAUGCAGUUUGUAUACUGCAUUCCUGUGGGAACAAAUGAAUUUACUGCUGAACAGUGUUUUGGAGAUGGUUUGAAUUGGGCCGGUUGUUCAGUCAUAGUUCUUCUGGGACAGCAGCGUCGCUUUGAUCUUUUUGACUUUUGUUACCACCUGUUGAAAGUGCAGAGACAGGAUGGGAAGGAUGAAAUCAUAAAGAAUGUGCCACUUAAGAAAAUGGCUGACCGGAUAAGGAAGUACCAGAUUUUGAACAAUGAAAUUUUUGCCAUUUUGAACAAGUACAUGAAGUCAGUGGAAACAGACAGCUCUACAGUUGAGCAUGUGCGUUGCUUCCAACCCCCCAUCCACCAGUCCUUGGCUACCACCUGUUAAGUGGUUGAUAUUGGAAAUGCAGUGUAUUUGUGGCUCUCCAUCUGAAAUCAUUGAAAGGACCCAGUGAAGACCUGGAAGGGAAAACCUGAGAACACAGAUCUGACAACAGUGCAGAUGAAGAUAGACCCAAUAGACAAAUAGGCAUUUUCAAAAAAAGACCUAGUUUAAAUGCAUGCCCUUCUGUAUCCAGUGUGAUGAGGAGCAAAAAGUUUUUUUUUCUUCUUCUAUGGUUUCUUCAGAGUUCAUGAUGACCCGGAACCACACAGUCAAGCACAAACUGUAUGGUUUUUAAAAUUCAUUGUUAUGAGGAUUCCAACUGAAGUGGCCAGUGUUUCAAAAUGUUGCAAGUCUUCCUCUGAUGUAAGUGUUUAACACUUGGACAUAAUGAUUUCCCCUUCCAGGUGAUGCAGAAAUGGUUUAUUGACUCAUGCAAAGAAAAUCUUGUUGUAUGGAGAACGUACCCAUCUAGACUCAGUGAGGGUUUGGUAUUGCUGUGUUUUCUCCUAUUUGCUAAGACAAAUUCACAAUGUCCCUGAUUUUCUGCUCACUGUCAUUUCUGUGGUGGACCUACAAAGUCAAAGAUGAUAAUCCUGCAUUUUAUACCAGUUCUUGUUAACCAUGGAUUAUCUGAACCUGGCUUAAUUCAUUAUUCUCUGGUAGUAAGAUGAUAGAGAUCCUGGAGAAGAGGCAGAGCUUGCCAUGGCCUAGACCCCUGGUGAAAUAUCAGUGUCAAAAUACAAGUCAGAACUGAUCAGGUCAGAACCAGUACAUUCUUUCAGAAAUCUGAGCAUUGGUACAUGUACAGUUGACAUGCUGUAUUCACAGAUUUAACCAUCCAUAAUUUGAAAAUAUUCCAAAAACCAAACAUUGAUUUUGCCAUUUUAUAUAAGGGAUACAAUUUUACAAUAUAAUGAGACCUGAGCAUCCAGGGAUUCUGGUUUCCAUAGAGAACCUGGAAGCAAAUCCUAGAAGGUACCAAGUCCCAAUGUAGCUCAUGAUUUCCUUACCUCCCCCCCCCCCUUGGAAUAAAUGAUAUAAAAUAAUUAGAAUAAGCUGAACAUUUUUAUAUUCUGGGAAAUUUGGUAAUUAGUUCAGGAUUGCAUAUAUAAACAAGCAUUAACAACGUUAAGAUUACUCCCAACAGGACACUUGGUCUGUGACUAUGUGUAUACCUUCCACAGACAAUACAGUUAACCAGCUCUCUAUCUCAACCUUGUAAAAAAAAGAUAAACAUAAGAAACUCUAUAUGAAUAAUUCAUAAAAUCAUGGGAGCUUAGAGCUCUCCCACUAUUGCUCUUGAUACCAGAUUACAUCUGUCAAUGUGCCCCAAAAGAUUAGUCUCUGUGUUUUGAUGAGGAUAUACUACCUACCCAUAAAAGAUGUAAAUAAGUAACAUGACUCUCAUGAGAACAAAAUGCAAGCUUGUUGAGACAAGACUAUAUACUUCAAGCAAAUAAGUCAUGCAACAAUGCCACAGAAAAAUGGAGCCAAUGAACUAGUCACUACCAAGUGUGGUGGGACUGCUGAACUUUGAUGUGGUGAUAAACUGGACUUGAGAUUGUAGAACAAGUUUGGUGACCUAAACAUAACACUAUUAUGUCAAAAAAGGACAAGAAAUAAGCCUUAAGGGAAUAAUUAAUUUGUAAGCCACCUAAGUAAAAUUCAGUCUUGAAAGUUGCUCCUGGUUAGGGAGGAGAAUUUCAGAAAUGCUAUUCUCUAAAGUUUAGAUGACUCAAAUUUAAUGUUCUUCAAGAAAAGGACAGGAUUUUAUUUCACAUCUCAUCCUCAAAUUAAUUCCUAAAUUAAGGAAGUACUUAAAAUGGUACUCGUUUUCCUUAUUAGAUGUUUAAAGCAAAAGGCACGUUGCACCAGAAAGUAUUACAAGUGCAAGGACGUAGCCCAGUUAAUUUCAUGGAGGCUUUUUUGAGAGAACUUCUUGGGGAACUAUACAUCAGAAUAUUACAAAAGAGUUCUGUUUUUAUCCUAUUAAAAAAACAAAACAAAAGAUGGUCUCUUUCAGUGUCAGGACAGACCUCAAAUUAUCUAGCUCGCUGAAGUUUUUUUUUUCCUUCACCGUACCUCAACUAAGCCAGUCUCCUUGCACCUGAUUUCAGAUGCUUCAGUCUGGGAUUUUUCUUCUAACUAUAUAACUUUAAUUGCUUUAAUUGCUGAUAUUUGAUGGAUUAGUGACAGGUGUUGUGAAUUUAAGAGACCACAAACAGGUUUUUCCUCUUCUUGGGUGAGAAAGCAUGGGAGGUAUAAACAUGUUAAUUUUCUCGCUCUGUCCCAAGAGAGAACAUUCUGUUUGAAGGAGCUGCAGUAGCAUAAAAUUGUGAGCAUGGGCUAUAUUCCUUUUCCAAAUGCCUUUGUGCCUUUAAAGACAUGUGUUUGUACAGUGACGCAUUAAAAUAUGACCCCACAGAGCCCAUUGAACAUAUUUACCAGUUAUGAGUAGUGAAGAAGUUAGUCAAACUAACUGCAAUAUAUUUUUAACAUUAGCAUGAUAGGCAUGGUUCAGAGAAGUCGCAUAAAAAUUGACUCUGGCAAAAGCAAUGAGGAAAAGAGCUGAAGAGUCUAAAGCAGUGGUUCUCAACCUGUGGGUCCCCAGGUGUUUUGUCCCACAACUCCCAGAAAUCCCAGCCAGUUUACUAGCUGUUAGGAUUUCUGGGAGUUGAAGCCCAAAACAUCUGGGGACCCACAGGUUGAGAACCACUGGUCAAAAGGGAGAGAAAAUCCUCUUUCUUAUUCUAGCUCUCUGUGGAAGAGUUCAGGGGCUUCAGGAUUUUUGUGGGGAGCAAGUGCAGUCUUAUCUGUGACUUAACCUAAUUAUCAUCAUACCACCUAGCAGCUCAUGACUUCAAAAGAAAGUUAUGCCAAACGCGAGUAUAUAAAUAUUCCUGAAUUAAGUUUAUUAAUUUAUUCAGAGCUUAGAACACUGAGUUUGGCAAUGAAUUUGAUCAUGUUAAACAUGAGAAAUUCAUUUAUUACUGCCAACACUAAUAACUGAAAUCAUUUGCCUGGUUGUGUUACUGUUAGCUAACUUUUGUUGAGGAUGUUAGUUCAGGUUCUCUCCAUCAUAUUUACAGGCGACAACAUGGAGGUUAUCAGUGUCAACUCAAAGGGUUUAUGCUGUUGCCAGCUUUUUCAAAAGAUCUGGCAUUUUUUUUUUAAAUUUGCUUUCUUCCACCCUCAUUUUUACCAGAUAGACUACAAAACACAUAUUAUUGUUGCCAAGGAAUGUUGGCGCUCAGCCAUGUCUAGUAACUGUCAGGUUGGAAAGUUUGUCAUCUACACCUCACAAUAUCAUACACUUCACCCAAACUUGACAUGCCUUGUUUGUUUAAAAGUUAAUGAGGAGUUAUGCAUUUCAGUGAGAAGACGCUGAUCCACUACAAGUGCAGCAAUAAGUGGAUAACCACAAGGAUCAGGCCUCUCUACAUUUUCCUGCAACUGAAUUGCUGCAUCAUUUCUACUUCCCCACUCUCAACCAAGAAGUCUAAUCUACCAGGAUCAGGGGGAGACCUGCAACAUAUUUCAUUUAAAUGAUCAAGCAUCUGACAAGCCCACUCUUUUCUGUGCCUUGUUUUUUGUGUGACCCUAAGACAAAGCUGUCAUGGGCUUUUCUUGGCAAAAUUUCUUCCAGGAAGGUUUGCUUUUGCUUUCUCUGAGGCUAGGAGAGUGCAACUUUCCCAAGGUUACCCAGUGGAUUUCCAUGACCAAAUGGGAAUAGUCUCAAGCCAGUGCUCAAACCACCACAACAUGUUUCUUUCUUUUUCUGCACCUAUUUUACCUUAGUUGAGAGAGAAGGGAGGUACACAACAAAACAGAAGAGAAGGGAAAAGGGGAGAGGAAGACAAGAGAAAAGGAAAGGACAAAGGAAGUUGAGAAAAAUUUUGAACUUUAAUUAUCCUAGCUCAUAGCACUCUGUACGUAUACAAAAUUAUAAAGAGCAAUUUGUCCCAAAUAAUUUUACACAAGAUUGUAUUUUAUACAUCAAUAUAUAGUAGAAAUCAGGACAGAAUAUAACCAAUCAAGGAAGAGAAGUUUGAUACUGAAGAGUGCCACAAAUGCAUCUUGGCUCCCCUAAAGACUCCAAAGAUAUUUCUCCAAUCAAAGGCCACUGGGAGAGAGAGAGAGAGAGAGAGAGAGAGAGGCCUACCUUUCAAAUUUAAAAGACCUGAUAUUUUGAAAAAGCCCAGACUGCUUGAGAGCCUUGGUCCCCAAACAAAUCAUUCCUAUCCAACCCAUUCCAAAAAUCACACCCUUCUAUAAUUUGAUUGAUGCUUCUUUUGCGCUACAUAAUUCAAGAAAGUAAUCAAAUUUCUUCCUUAAUUUUUUUCCUUUUUUCUCCUGUCUUCCUCCUUGUAGCCUUCCAAAUUAGUCUAAUGAUAGAACCGUGUGAUGCAUUUCCUCCCAUCCUAUUUUUUUCUCCUGAGGCAGUAGUUUUCCUAGUUUACUGAAUCUGACAAUGAAAGAGGAACCCAUUCUAAUGAAUUUGAAAAAAAAAGAUGAGCAUGAUUAAGCAAAUCAAUUUUUAUUCAACAUUAAUUGGGGAAUCUAGAGAGUUUGAGAAAAUUACCAGAACCACCAAAUGAAGAAAAUGAUUUAAUUCCAAACUCUGGCUUCAUUAUAUGUGGGGUUGUUGGGGUGGGGGUUGAAUGACCUGUGGAAUUGUAAAGAGUUGAUAAGUCCACUAUUUUUUGUAUAAAGCUUAUGAAAUAAAAUCCACAUUUUUAUAUUGGUGGCAAUUGUUUACCAGUGUAAUAUACCUACAGCUCUAAACUUGGUUAGGAAAAUGACUAAAAUCCAGAGGGAAAAUGCCAUACUAUGGAUUAUGCCACACAUUAAGUGCAUUUUAUUUCACAGCCUGUUUUCAAUACAGCAGUUGGAUAGGUGACUGUAAUUUUAACAAUUAUAUUGCUUGACAGAGGUGUACAUGCAGCAAAUACUGUGGCUACAAAGAGGUUCUUGAUUAUGCCCUGGUGAGAUUUUGUUAUUUAUGGGGGAAAGCAGUGUUGUAUAUAUAUACAGAACUGAGAACCAAGGAGUAGCUAGCCACAGGGUAACAAUUUUAGUCAGAUAUAUGUAGGGGCAAUGCUGGGUAUGUUUAAUGCCUUUUAUAGAGCUUUUACAAUAAUUUGUCCAAUGUUGGGCCUCUAUGAAAAAACUUUUCCCAAGAUACUCUGUCCUGUGAAUUCCUUACCAACAUAAUAGCCUUCCUGGGAUGUUCUUCAUGUGAUCAUUCUGGGUACUUCCUCCCCUCAGCUACAUAAGUAAGCUGUGUAAGGGAGAGAACUAGGAUUUCCACCUUACAGAAAGGUAUAAUAGUCCAAGUCUAAAUACAGCAAUUAUAAAAUGCCUCCAAGCUCAAAGUGGCCACCUUACAAAAGAGAGGUUGCUGAUGCAGCUCAGCUUUGUAGGAUGAGAAUUCUGUUGUUUUUCUACAUUGGGCAUGCCUGGAUCAUUACAUCUGUUCUGGUGUAGACUGUGGGAUUCAUACAGAAAUAUGGGGGUAGGGGGCACCUAUAAUUCUUACUCAUGCACACUAAAAAUGUCAGUGUUCUAACUCAGAAAUGCACCUCCCAUUUUAAUUUGGAAUGAAACAAUAUUUCUUUCAGGCAGUUGGGAAACAUUGAUCUGUGACCCACAUCUUUUCCCUUUUAGGUGGGAAUGGACAUUAUUUUGAAUAAGUCGACAGGAAGGGAUUAAGCAUUGCCUGCCCUGCUGCUUUUCUGUUCUUAACUGUUAAAAAAACAAAUGUGGACAGGAGAAAGAAGCAAACCGCAUGUACCUUAUAGAUUGGCUUUUAAGUGUCGCUAGUGAGAAAUUUCUUCAUGAUAUAUUUGGAAAGAUAUGUCCUGGCAAAGUCAUACAAAGUUAAAACAGGCAUGAGAUAAACUUGUUCAAACUUUAAGCAACAGUUAUGAACUGCCACAGUCAUUUUAUAGCUUGUCAGCUUUCAGUUUGGUUUUCAUGACUUGACAUAACAUCCAGACAAACACUCUGCACUUCAGCCAUGUUCCCUUCCUCAAUAGCAGUUCUCAGAAGUAUCAGUGGUCCUAUAAUUUCUCUGUGUUACUCUGGUUUUAAUUGAUAUUUGUCAAUUUAAAAACAUGAGCAAAGUGGGUUCUUUUUUUAAAAAAUGACACAAAAUUUUGCGUAAUACUUCCAAAUGUACCAUAUUUGUAUGAAGAAUUGUCCCAAGAAUUUUUGUACAAUGAAUUUGCAUUUAUUUAUGGUGCAGUAUAUUUACAGUAGUGGUCAACUAUCGUGUUUGGAUCCAUGAAUCAUAUUUGCUAUGCAGCAGAAAAUGGUAAAUAUUGUUUUGUAUGUUUUGUUCUUUUAUUGUUAAUCAACAGACAUCUUUCACUUCUAUUCAAAAUGCUUCUGUAAUAAGACGCCCUGUGAGUGGUGACAGUGACCUGUCUUGCAACUUCCAACAUUGUGUACAGCAAAGCUGGGAUGAAUCCUCUUAACAAAGGAGGAAAAAUAAACAUUCAGUGGUGUAAACAGAAA